GGUCGUUUCGGCAGGAGCGGUCCAGAGCCGAAUUUAGACGACGCCCAACAUGGACGUCGAGACGUCGCAUGGGCGCAGCGCGUCGAUGCUUCCGCCGGCGCCGAUGAGCGACCCAGCCAACUGCGAAGUCCACACACUCCUGGCGAUGGACCCGAAGGAAGAGGCGCUCGCGGUACAUGUGCGAUCGCUCUUGCGCGAGACAGACGCAGACGUCGCUGGCUACCAAGCGCUGCGAGACAUUUGUCUCCAGACGCUCCAGCCCAACGCGCUUCCGUCGGCGCAGGUCGCGCACCACCACAUGCCCAUCACGUCGACAGCGCUCGCGAACGCGGCCCAAGCAUCGGAAGAAAGCUCGGUGAUUCAGGCCCAGAAGAGCCCCGUGGCCGGCAAAAGCAAGCACAACUACACACUAUGGCGGUCGUCCAAGGCGAAAGAAGAGACCGAGCCGACCGACGACACUACUUCGCUGCAACAGGCGCCCAUCUCGGACCUCAUUGUCGUCUUCAGUGGCGACAUUACGCCCGAAGACUUUGAAAAGAUUGAUAAGUCCCCGAGUGGGAUCAAGGCCGACUUUAACCGGGGCCGGCGCGGCCAGUUCGUGUACCUCUGCCUCAAGCGCGAUGCAGGAUCGCUCGCCAUUGGCUCCAAGCGGCCACCGAUCAGCGAAGUCCUUUUGCUCUACCCCGAGAAAGGCGAAACGCUGCCACCCAACUACGAGUACGUGCUGCGGAGGGGCGUGCCCGCCAACCUCCACGCGGGCGUGAGCAGCGAGAAGCUCUACCUGUGCUACAAGCGGUCGGCCACGUCGUACCUCACCGACAUUGCGCUCAUCGUGCCCAAAAAGGGAGAGAAGGUCCCGUACGGCUACAUGAAGAUUGACAAGUCGCUCACGGGCCAGUCGUUCGUCGACAGUUCGUCCAAUAUGGAGGUUGCGCUUUGCUAUCGAAAGCAGAUUGGGCUGCUCGAAACCUCCAAGCCGCUGUGGUGGCAAGCGACGAUGAUGGACGUUGUCUCGAAAGAGAAGGGGCCAAUGCUCCAGGACGUCCCGAGUGCAACUGCCAAGGACACGGAAGUGCGGACCGAGUCACCGACGACUGACGAGCCAAGUAGCAGCCCGUUCCUGCUUACGACGGGUGCCACCACCGACACGGACCUCCUCGUCGCGACCAAGUACCUCUACCCGCUCUUGUAUGCGUGCCACGUACGCCACGGGACCGUCGCCCUGCACGCCCUCAAGGCGCUCGAAACCUGCCUCACGAGUGCGUUUGUUCGCACCAACUUGUACAAGGGCGACGCGACGCUGCUCCUCACGCUCGCGCAAACCGUCAACACGAGCUGCCAACAAGCAGUGCGCGACCGGCUACCGACGGCGAUGGCCAUUUUUGCGAGCGUGAUUGACGCCGAAGAGGCGUCCCUGAGCCCUCUCGUGCUGCACGAGUGCCUCAAAGCGCUUCUCUUCAUCAACGACUUGGACGACGGCAGCGCCAAAACGACGUUGGAAGUCCUCAUCCACCGCAUCAUGGACGGGCUUCCCGACUCGAGCGACAAGUCCAUCGCUGACGCACCUCUGCCCGCAAGCAGUAGCAUCGACAUGGGCAUGGCGUCGCUUGUCAUGUCCCUCGCCGACGACGUCGUGACGUCCGUCGAAGUAGCGCGCGUGAAUGAAACCGCCUUGAACAUCUGCAAGGGCCACGCGUCGAUCUACUCGACGGGCUACUGCCAGGAGCUGCAGGCUUGUAUCGCACCCGUGCUGCCCUCCAACGCCGCGUGCUUGGCCUACCACUUGCUGGCGACCUUGUCCAAGUACGCGAUGAAGCGCAACUGCUCGGGGGCCGACGACGUCGACUGCGCGUCGAUCCGCAACACGCUGCAGCUGCUGGAUACAGCGCUCGUCGCGGGGGCCAAGGCGUUUAAAGAGCACGCGUUCUUCGGGCAGCAGGUUCGGCGGUUUGUCACGUCGGUCGUGCAUACGGCCGUCGUCGUGUGGUCGGAACAGGUCCUGAGCGCGUGUUUGCGCUUGGUGUCGACGCUGUGGAACCACUACCGGCGCCACCUCAAGAUUGAGCUCGCGCUCCUCUUUGAGAAUGUGUUUUUGCGCAUCUUGCGCACACCGUCGUCGGUGGCCGGCAGCUACCAACGGCUCGUGCUGCAAGAGCUCACACCGUGGUUUCAGCUGCCGCACAACGUGAUUGAGAUCUUUCUCAACUUCGACAUGGACCGCCAGUUUGUGCAGCAGUGGAAGGUCUUCGAGCAGUUUUGCGCCGUCUUGUGCGCCAUCACCGAAGCGGCGUGCGCGACCGCCGACGACGCCGACGAGCACGCACCACCGAUCGGGGAGCAUGCGAUGGCGACGCUCCUCGCGAUCCUCCGGAGCCUCAUGGACGCGAGCGGCCACGCGCACUUGAUCCUCUCCAACGACCGGACGCGCAUUUUGUCGAUGGCCAAGGGUGGGUGGGAGCUCGACGAGUCGAGCGAGCCGGCCGAAGAGGCGCCGACACUCACGGAAGCGCUGCCCGGCAUUCUCUCGCGCAAGAGCUCGUGCAGCGACAAGAGCCGCGACAGCAAGCUCGGGUCGGCGUACGGCUCGACCGUGCGCGAGCGCAACGAGAUGCAAAAGCAAAGCCAGCAGCUGCUCAAGCGCGGCAUGGAGAUCGCAGAGACCAAGAGCUUCAAGAAAGCACUCGAGUACCUCAUCGCCAUGGGCCUCAUCAAGGAGACGCCGCGCGACAUUACGUCGUUUCUGCGCAUCUACCACACGUUUUUUGACGAGAGCGACAUUGGCGACUACCUCGGCGAAGGCGACGAAGAGUUCAAGCUGCACGUGCGCCUGACGUAUGCGCGCGCCAUCUCGUUCACGGGCAUGACGCUCGUCGAGGCGCUCCGACACUACCUCACGAACGGCGGCUUCAAGCUCCCGGGCGAAGCGCAGAAGAUCGCGCGCAUGGUCGAAGCGUUCGCGCAGUGCUACUACGACGACACACACGGCGCGUCCUUUGGGAGCUCGGAUACGAUCAUGAUCCUCGCCUACUCGAUCAUUAUGCUCAACACGGACCUCCACAACCCCCAAGUCAAGAAGAACAAGAUGUCCAAGGACCAGUUUGUCAAGAACAACCGCGGGAUUGACAACGGGAACGACGUGCCCAAAGCGCUUCUCGAAGACAUUUACGACGACAUUCAAAGCACGCCGAUCCAGCUCAAAGGACUCGCGUACACGAUGGCCAAGCGCGAUAGCAGUCGCAACGCUGACGCCGAAGUCGACAAGUUCCACGUGACGCUCUCGAAAUCUGUGACGCAGUCGGAAGACCUCACAAAGGACCUCGCGUUCUCCAAGUACACGUUCCACUUUUUUGGUGUCGACGCGAGCAUUAGCCCCGACUUGGUCAAGAUCUUGUUCGAGCGCGUCUGGUUUCACUUUUUGGCGCUUUCGACGACGAUUCUGAGCAACCACCAAGCGGACGUGGCGAUCGUGCUCCAGUGCCUCGAUCUGCUGCGCUACUGCAUCUCGACGAGCCUCUUUCUCGAGAUGCCCACGGAGCGCCAAGCGUUCUCCAACCAACUCACGAAGAUCAAGACGUCGGCGUUCGUCAAGGAACCGAGCAGUGCGGCCGCGCCGCUCUCGCCAUCGCAUGCGAGUGGCGACGGCGAGCCCGACUGGCUCACGACGAUCGAGAAGAACGCGGCGACGGCCGACCCGUGGACGGUCAUUGGCGACAUUCACGUGUACGUCAACAAGCUCAAAGAGUCGAUCGAGAAGCGCAAGACGGUCGAGACGCUGACGUCGGUCGUGAAGCGCAUCAACCACAGCCAAGCGUAUCUGCACGACACGACGCACUUUGUGCGCGAAGGCGAUUUGACCAAGCGCUGCCGCACUGGCCGCAACCGUCUCUACCGCUUCUUCCUCUUCAACGACCAGCUCCUGUACGCCGACAAGUCGAGCAUUUCGGGCAACUGGAAUGCGCACCAGUCGCUGCGCCUGCGCCUCACGCGGCUCGCCGACAUCCCCGACAGCCUCCUCCUCCGCCACGCGUUUCAGAUUCUCAACCCGGUCAAGACCUUUACGGUCCUCGCCGAGAGCGCGGCGGCCAAGGCCGAGUGGAUGUGGGCCAUCGAAGAAGCCAUUGGCGAGGCCAACAAGAAGACGAACCGUAUCGCGCGCCGCCUCACGCACCACCACGGCAAGAAGCGCGAGCACAACAACUUGAUUGCAGAGGCGGCCAAGGCGGCGACGCCCGACGCCGAGUUGCCACUUGCCGCUGUCGACGUCAAGGGUGGUAGCACCGAGAGCGUCGAGACGGCGCACCAGCUCUGGCUCUUCCAAGUCCAAGUGUAGGCUCCACUCCAUACAUAGCUGCAUUCAUUGCGUGUCACAUA